AUGGAUUGGGUGGUGAAUGAGAAUGAAGAGAAGCUUCAAUCCAAAAUCACAGUAAAUGGAGAGAAUGAGGAAGUAGAUGAUUCUCCAAUUGAACAAGUGAGGCUAACAGUGCCAAUAAGUGAUGAUCCAAAUGAAGCAGCACUAACAUUUAGAACAUGGCUUCUUGGGAUUAUAUCAUGUGUGGUUCUUUCAUUUCUGAACCAAUUCUUUGGUUACAGAACCAACCCUCUUACCCUUACAUCUGUGUCUGUCCAAAUUGUUACACUCCCAGUUGGUAAAUUCUUGGCUGCAACACUUCCCACAAAGCAAAUCAGUGUUCCUUUGACCAAAUGGUCAUUUACCUUAAAUCCAGGACCAUUUACUAUGAAAGAACAUGUCCUUAUAACAUUAUUUGCAAGUGCUGGAUCCAGUGGUGUCUAUGCAAUUAACAUCAUCACUAUUGUCAAGGCUUUUUAUCAUAGAGGCAUUCAUCCAAUUGCUGCUUUUAUGUUAUCUAUGUCAACUCAGAUGCUUGGUUAUGGAUGGGCUGGAAUCUUUAGAAGUAUUCUUGUUGACUCUCCCUAUAUGUGGUGGCCCACAAAUCUUGUCCAGGUGUCUCUAUUCAGGACAUUGCAUGAGAAAGAAAAAAGGCCUAAAGGAGGAUUAACAAGGAUGCAAUUCUUCUUAAUAGUGUUUGGAGCGAGCUUUGCAUAUUAUGUUAUUCCAGGCUACCUCUUCCAAUCAUUGCAAGCUAUCUCUAUAGUUUGCUUGAUAUGGAAGAAAUCUAUCACUGCACAACAAAUUGGUUCAGGCUAUUAUGGCCUUGGCAUCGGCUCGUUCGCCCUCGACUGGAACACGGUGGCCGGCUUCUUUGGGAGUCCUUUGGCUUACCCCAGCUUUGCCAUCAUCAACAUAUUGGUUGGAUUUGUGAUCUUUGUGUACAUUCUUGUUCCACUCUUCUAUUGGAACAACAUCAAAGAUGCUAAGAAGUUUCCUAUCAUUAGUUCUCACACAUUUGACUCUUCUGGAGAAAAAUACAAUGUUACUCGUAUUCUAAAUGCAAAAAGCUUUGACAUUGAUAUGGAAGGUUACAACAGUUAUAGCAAGAUUUAUCUUAGUGCCAUAUUUGCACUUGAUUAUGGCUUGAGCUUUGCAACUCUCACUGCCACUAUUUCACAUGUUCUACUCUUUCAUGGAAAAACGAUAUAUCGGAUGACAAGAAGCACAACAGAAGAAGCACUUAAGGGAAAACUUGGAGAUGUGCAUACAAGAAUCAUGAAGAAGAACUAUGAACAGGUUCCUGAAUGGUGGUUUAUCUCCAUUUUGAUUCUAAUGACUGUGGUAGCUUUGAUAUCUUGUGAAGGCUUCGGAAAGCAACUCCAACUGCCAUGGUGGGGAGUCUUAAUGUCUUUAGGGAUUGGACUGUCUUUCACUUUGCCAAUUGGAAUCAUUCAAGCAACAACAAACCAGCAAGUUGGACUCAAUGUGAUCACAGAGUUAAUCAUUGGGUACCUUUACCCGGGAAAGCCCCUUGCAAAUGUAACAUUCAAGACCUAUGGCUACAUUAGCAUGUCUCAAGCUCUUGGAUUUCUUAAUGACUUCAAAUUAGGCCACUACAUGAAGAUUCCUCCCAAAUCUAUGUUCAUUGUGCAGUUGGUAGGCACACUGGUGGCUUCCGCCGUGUACUUUGGCACAGCAUGGUGGCUUCUUACAUCGAUCGAUAAUAUAUGUGACACAUCGAAGUUGCCAGAGAGCAGUCCAUGGACAUGCCCCGGAGAUGAUGUGUUCUAUAAUGCGUCGAUCAUAUGGGGGAUCGUAGGGCCAGGAAGAAUGUUCACCAAGAAAGGAAUCUACCCGGAGCUGAACUGGUUUUUCCUCAUUGGUUUCCUUGCACCGGUUCCAGGGUGGUUCCUUUCUCGAAAGUUCCCAGAGCACAAGUGGAUUGGACUCAUACACAUACCACUCAUUAUGCAAGGCGCCAGCAGCAUUCCACCAGCGAGAUCUGUGAACUACAUCACGUGGGGAAUUGUGGGGAUCUUCUUCAACAUCUAUGUUUACAAGAAGUUCAAGGUGUGGUGGGCGCGCCAUACUUACAUCCUCUCGGCGGCCCUGGAUGCCGGAGUUGCUUUCAUGGCUGUUGCACUCUAUUUUGCACUCCAAAACUAUAAUAUUUUUGGUCCAGAUUGGUGGGGUGUUGAUGGAACUGAUCACUGCCAUCUGGCCAAAUGCCCCACAGCACCAGGUGUAGUUGCUGCUGGCUGUCCUGUUCUAUGA